GGAAAUGGGCGGGCGGCGGCUGCGCGCGGAGGAGGUGCCGGGCGGCCGCUUCCCGCCCCCGAGCGCGAGCCGGUUUGGAGCGGAGUGGAACGGAGGUUGUGACCGGAGCGGAGCCGGCUGAACGGGCGCCGAGCCCCCGCCAUGGCCCGGAACACGUUGUCCUCGCGCUUCCGUCGGGUGGACAUUGACGAGUUUGACGAGAACAAAUUCGUGGACGAGCAGGAAGAGGCGGCGGCGGCGGCGGGCGAGCCAGGCCCGGACCCUAGCGAGGUGGACGGGCUCCUGCGGCAAGGGGACAUGCUUCGGGCCUUUCACGCAGCCUUGCGGAACUCUCCUGUCAACACCAAGAAUCAAGCUGUGAAGGAACGAGCCCAAGGCGUGGUGCUGAAAGUCCUUACAAAUUUUAAGAGCAGCGAAAUUGAGCAGGCUGUGCAGUCACUGGACAGAAAUGGUGUUGACUUGCUAAUGAAGUACAUUUAUAAAGGGUUUGAGAAGCCCACAGAAAAUAGCAGCGCACUGUUACUCCAGUGGCAUGAAAAGGCAUUAGCAGUAGGAGGACUAGGCUCCAUUAUAAGAGUUCUUACAGCAAGAAAGACUGUUUAAAAAAAAAAAAAAGACUCAUGUUACCUUGAGAAGAUUUUGGAUGCACAGGCUGAUGAAGAAGGGAUUGACAAAGGACCAUCUUCCUAGGAACUCCCAACUAUUUCAGGACAUGCAUCCGCUGAAGUGUGUUUUAUUUUCAAGGUGGAGGGAGAAAUUGUCUUACUGUUUCUUAAAUCCUUUGCAGGAUCUGAUAGUCUAUGCCUUUGUUCACAAGUAAUGCAGAACUGACAUUGUGACUGUCUACCAGAGCGGCUGGCCAGUGUUGGUCAGGUGUACCUGUGUGCACUGCCUGUUUAAAAUGGGGGGGAUGAUUUGGGCAGGUGCAGAUCCAAGGGCUGUCGUGAAAGGGAGAGCUUGUGUUUUUGAAGUGGGAACCCCCUGAGGGUUUGUACAGACAUCCUAUCCUCCCAGAGAAGGCGGGCUCUCUUGGGUUCAUUGUAAAGUGCCUGCUGCAUCAAUAAAGCUCUUGGCUUAUUAGUAUAUA